GAAUGGGGGGUAAAAUCUGUCUCGGCCUGAAUUUGAAGGUAUACACCGGUACAGCGCUCGAGGACCAGAAAUUCGGCAAUCAAGCACUGUCCAGUUGCAUCAUCCGCCAUCCGGGAAUUCCUGCGCUGAAAACGAGCUGCUUCGAGUCAGUGCUCGAGCCGGGAGUCGUCGUUGGCGCCUGAGAUAUGGGCAAGUCGCCAUUCGUGGACUCUCGCGCAGCUAACUCCCAAGGUCCUCCCCCACGUCCGCAGGGUCCUCACUGAUAUCAGAAAUCCACAGCCAGGCGCAAGAUCGUUUGCCAGAUUGCCGAAUAUUGCAGGCUGGGUAUCCCCAAGGUCCCCAGCUCAGCUUCUUCUGCCCGCCAUGCCUCAGGCCAGUGAUCCGGGCUGCUGCUUUUGCCCAUUCUCGCCCUCCCACCCACGCCCGCGCCGAUUGUCAUUGCACGAGAAGGAAUUGGAUGCCUUUCUGCUUUUGUCUCGCUCAUUCAUAGAGCGUUCACCCGAGUCGACAUACGACUCAUCAAAAAUUGCAGACAAGAUGGCUACCCACACGCGAAAGGACGACUUCUGCCUCGAAUGCCACUGGGAGUCCUUUCAUCUAGACGGGAAAAGCUCGGAGGAUUCGUCCGUGGCCCCGGCGUCUGAGUGCUGCCCUGAUAAGGAGCAGCAUGCCUCAGAAGCGCAUGGCGACAGCGCUUGCUGCGACACUGACAACUGCUCCAUUACCUGCCCAUCAGUCUGCGACGGCUUUGUCGACUGCAACGACGAAGACAACCACGACCCUUGCUCUGUAUCUAGAUGUGAAGAGUCACAUUGUCAUGACCCUGCCCCUAUCUGCUUUGACGAACACUGCUUUGAUCCCGACGCCCACCCAGAAAUCCCAGACCACUCAUUCGAGUCCCUAUUUGGACUGGGGAUACCAAUGACUACAGACAAGAAUGACUUUUCACUCACCCUGGAUCAGUGCCAGGCCGACCAUCAUAUGCCCAAACCAACUGAGCAUACCGCAGCAGACCUCAACCAUCUAUGCGCUGGUCCCUUUUUUAGCCCAGACUCAAUAGCAAUCACUCCCUGCCAUCCCCCUCACAGCUAUCAUCAUGAUCCUCACUCCGCCGGCCUCUCCCAGGUCCCUCCUGCUCAGAGUAUGAUGCCUCCAUCAUUACCCAUGCAAAACGAUGUCAACCCCUCCGACGUCUUCCACAUGCUUGGGAUGUGCCCCGACUACUCGAAUCACUUUCAUGUCCACGAAGCAUCAAAUUGUCCUGAGAAUCUGGACGGCAGCACCUCGUCGAACUCUUUCACUUGCCUCCAUCUCGACGACGAUAGUUUAAACAGCAUACUGAAGAACCCUAUAUACACAGGCAAUAACCUUCCCGCCAGGGGUCCCUGCCGUUCGAACCAUCGUUGCCGGUCUCAUCACCACGCACACGCCCACCACUUCUCACCCUACUCCCGUCAUUCUCGAUCAAGCAUCAGUUCCCAAAUUCUCCCCAGUCCUGGCGAAACACCGCCUCCGCUAGACGGUGGUGUAUCUUCAGUCAUAACAAGUCCCGACUACUCCGCGGCUGAUGGUGAAUUGCACGUAUGCAAAUGGGUUAUUAAUUCCCGGGGCAUCAAAACCGGCUGUGGCGCUUCCUUUUCAAGCGCCAGUGCGCUUCAAGAGCACCUUGUCUCUCGCCAUAUGGGACCCGUCAACGGCGCCAAGGGAACUGGAUACUACUGUUGCUGGGAAGGGUGCAGCCGGCCUGGAGAGCCAUUCUCGCAGAAAUCGAAACUUCAAGGCCACUUCCUCACACACAGCAACUACAAAAACUUCCAAUGCACGGUCUGCGGGAAGCUCUUUGCUCGACAAGCGACGCUUGAACGUCAUGAGCGAAGCCACCGCGGCGAGAAACCCUACAAGUGUCCAGAUUGUGGCAAGUCAUUCACAGAUAGCAGUGAAUUAAAAACUCAUUCGCGCACUCAUACCGGCGAGAAGCCCUUCAAGUGCACGUAUCCAGGAUGCAACUUUCAAACCGGCGAUUCGUCAAAUAUGUCCAGUCACAGACUCACACAUGGCGAACGAAGACACAAAUGCCUUCACGCUGGUUGUAACAAGAGCUUUACUCGACCUGACCAACUCAAACGACACAUGCGCUCAACGCACAAAACCGAAAUCCAAAUCCCAACCCCCCUGCUCGGGUCUCCAACAGAUGACCAACUCGCAUUUCCAAUUCAGUCUCAGGUUCCUUUCAGCAUGGCGUAACAAACUGAUACCAGGCUAUAGUGGCUAAGGCGUUAUCGAACGGAUAUUGUGGCGUUGGUAAUGGAUGGCUAAAUGGGUUUAUGUCUAUAUCUUUGUCUUUAUACAUGCUUUAUUGGAGGCGUGAAGGUGAAGUACGUGUGAAGUACUUGGACGAGAUGAAAUGAGGCAAGGCGCGAUGAGAUGAGAUGAGAUGAUUAAUGAUUGGAUACCACUACUAUUCACACAAUGAAUAUGGAUAUUACUUCCACGCCUAGAUUUCUAGGUGAAAAGUCGAAGAUCAUGUUUAACUCCUAUACGCUAUUAUAAAUUGUGCAUCGCAAUGCUUCCUUAUCCCACGACAGCCAGUCAACUAGGGUUUGGACUUGGAGGUUGGGAGGGCUGAGUCAAGCCCUAAUCCAUAAGCAGAGUGAUGUAAACAGCC